AUGGCUGUCUUGCGUAUGGAUACACACCAGACGUACGACGUCACGACCUUUGUCAACGCCUAUCCCACCCUCGACGUCAACUACGAGCUCGCAAAGGGCAACUACUCCGUGAGCAAUGCCCAUCCCCAUCAAGAUGCAGAGAUGAAGAGCAACGACGAAAUUGUGCCAAAGAAGCUAGCAAACCAGCGGAUCGUUGUCGGCAAGCCCAAGACACGCACGCGCCCAGUGGCAAGGAGGUGCCUCCCGGGCGGCGCAGUGGACAUCGCGGCGAGCAACAGUGCCGGCGGGAGCAGGAAGCCGGUACUGGUCUGGGAAGACGACGAGCCAACACAUGACAUGAGCAACGAGAACGGCAAGAAGCGCGACCGAUGGGACCAGCGGCUCGUUGUCAGGGGCGGAUGGCUCUACCGCUAGGACAUGCGCCUCGCGGACAUGGACCGGGAGCACGAGAUCAUAGGGAGGUGUCGACCAAGUGCUCUUCGGCGGCGUGCAAGGCAGGAGGCAUGGGUGGACACGAGAGCGAGAGCGCGCGGAGCGGAAGCAGAGGGAAGGCCGCCAGG